AUGGCUUUCCAGAGCAGUGUUCUUAGAGAUGGCGAGUGGGUGACGCAGACCGUCAGCUUCCAAGAUGCUUUGAAGGCCUCCUCUUCUGUGCCCAAAACCGCAUCUGAUCAGCAUACCGAAAAACCUGCCUGUGGUAUCCUUUCGAGGACUAUUAUAGAGAGUCCCGUUGUUCAUUGGGUUCUCCCAGUGUUGUUGCGGUCACGCUCCAACAAUGAUCUUGCGUUUAUUGGGGAUCGCUUCGUUCAAAUAAGUGAACUCCGUGAGGAUGGGCAAGUUCAUGAGGUUAUAAGAAAAGCCGAUUUUGGUACGCGAAUUCGCAAUGCCGCCGUCCUCGGAGCAGUCCCAGGCGUCGGGACUAAGGGGGCACGUCCCGGCUCGAUUAAGACUGAAGACACUGAUGUUGCUAUGCAAGACGAUUCUAUGAUGUAUGAAGCCGACGGACAACAUACGUUACCGCCGCAACUCCUGGUGCUGAUGCUCGAGACCGGCGAUGCUGUUUUCCUGUUCAUCCGACAACGCUUGGACGGAACGCUUGAAUUUGUGACAACAAAGUACGAGAGCCCUAGAAAUCUACAAUUCUUAGGAUAUCAUCUUGCUAUUGACCCCUCGUCCCGAUACCUGGCUGCUGGGUCCGCCCAAGGGGCGUUUAUUAUCUACGAAUUGGAGUCACUGACCACUAUGAACUCACAAUUCCGCCAUCAUGGCUCUUUCAAACCUGUCAAGACAAUUAGAGUCCGGACAACACAAGGAGUUAUACACAAAAUGGAAUUCUUACACCCACGACCCGAGGAUGACUAUCAUAUCAUUCUCCUUCUCAUCGUCAUUCAUCGCGAAAUCAACAAGCAGGGUCACAUCUCUCGCAUGGUUGUCUACGACUGGGAGCUUGGUGAUGAACUUAGCACUGUCCUCCGGUCAGAGAAGGGAACUCUUCUCCCAAGAGAACAUAGGAUGCCCCUCAUGAUCAUCCCCCUCAAACUCAACACUGCCUUCUUUGCGGUUUCGGAACAUUGCAUUGCUCGUGAAGAUGGCGUUAUUACCCAGAUCGAGAUUGACGCAACGGCUCUAGUUCCUUCGGUGCUCAACGUCGGAACGAUCAACACCAAUAUUACGACUGCGUUCACCGCCGCCUAUGAUGUCUUUUCGGAUGUGCUCGUGAUUGGAGGCGAGUCUGGUCCAGGGGGUAUUUGGAAGGUAUUUGACUCUCUGCUCAUGAAUUUAACUUGA